AUGCACACCGUCUUUCGAAUUGGUGAAGUUCGACAAAUUGAUAAGAAACGUUCACUUUAUGAAGUGGAUCUUAAACUUACGUCGGAUGAUGACCAACAACUUCGUCAAUUAACCGAUCAUAUACGGGAAGAAUCAUCAGGUAGCAGUGGAUGGCACCGUAUUGAUGAUCCAAAAUUGGCUAAUAUCUACAACAAUAUUGCUGUUACGUAUAAUGACAUGGGUGACUACUCGAAAGCACUUGAAUUUUACGAAAAAGAUCUCGAAAUCACAAAAAAAGCUCUGCCUCCGAAUCAUCCCGAUUUGGCUACUUCCUACAGCAACAUCGGUCAAGUGUAUAAUGACAUGAGUGACUACUCGAGAGCACUUGAAUUUUACGAAAAAGCACAUAAAAUCUACGAAAAAGCUCUGCCUUCGAAUCAUCCCAAUUUGGCUAUUUCCUACAGCAACAUCGGUCAGACGUAUAAUGAUAUGGGUGACUACUCAAAAGCACUUGAAUUUUACGAAAAAGCACUGAAAAUAAGAGAAAAAGCUCUGGCUCCAAAUCAUCCCAAUUUGGCUAUUUCCUACAGCAACAUCGGUCAAACGUAUAAUGAUAUGGGUGACUACUCAAAAGCACUUGAAUUUUACGAAAAAGCACUGAAAAUAAGAGAAAAAGCUCUGGCUCCAAACCAUCCCAAUUUGGCUAUUUCCUACAGCAACAUCGGUCAGACGUAUAAUGAUAUGGGUGACUACUCAAAAGCACUUGAAUUUUACGAAAAAGCACAUCAAAUCUAUGAAAAAACUCUGUCUCCGAAUCAUCCCUCAUUGGCUAAUAGUCACUUGAAUUUUGCAGCAUAUGCUUUUCAAAUUCAGAAAAAAGCAUUUCAAGAAAGUAAUCCAGCUUUUGCUUCAACAUAUAGUUGGUUUGGAAGAGUUUAUCGUAAUACGAAAGAUUACUCAAAGGCCUUAGAUUAUUUUGAAAAGUGUCUCGCGAUACUUCAAAAAACGCUACCUCAAAGACAUCCAAAUUUUGGUAUAACAUACAGUAACAUUGGUGAUGUUCAUCGAUUAAUGGGUAAUUAUGAAAGAGCACUUUCAUUUCAUCAAAAAGCAUUAAAUAUUCAAGAAAAUGUUCAAUGUAAUUCUCUGAAUUGUGCAACGACAUAUACGAAUUUAGGUGAAACAUAUCGAGAAAUGAAAGAUUAUUCAACAGCAUUGACAUAUUUCGGGAAAGGACUAGAAAUACGUGAAAAGAAGCUACCAAAAAACCAUCCUGAUUUAGCCGUAAUUUAUCAUAAUAUGGCAAAAUUAUAUUUGGGUACUCUAAAAUACAGUAUAGCAAAGGAAAAUAUUCGACAAGCAGUAGAAAUUGCUCAAGAAAAAUUGCCUUCAAAUCAUCCUCAUCUUUUAUACUACAGAGAGACACUCGAAGAAAUUCAGAAGAAAUUGUAA